AUGCUCAUCUCUUCCAUCAAGAACAACCCGUACUAUGUGCGUGAUGCCAUGCCAAAGGAAGCGUACGACCUACUGGUGCCAAUGCUGGAACUGAACCCCGUCCGCCGAUACACCUGUGUGGAAGCCCUCAACUGCAAGUACUUCAAGCAAGAGCCGAGCCCAAAGGCAAA